GCGACGAGAGCCAGUUCCUGAUGCAGGCGCCGGGGAGCACGGAGCUGGAGGAGCUCACGGUGCAGGUGGCCCGGGUCUACAACGGGCGGCUCAAGGUGCAGCGCGUCUGCUCAGAAAUGGAAGAAUUAGCAGAACAUGGCGUAUUUCUCCCUCCCAAUAUGCAAGGACUGACUGAUGACCAGAUUGAAGAUUUGAAAUUAAAGGAUGAAUGGGGUGAAAAGUGUGUCCCCAGUGCGGGUUCAGUAUUUAAAAAGGAUGAUAUUGGACGAAGGAAUGGACAAGAAACACGUGGAAGCCAACGUCUGCGUUACCAUGGAGAUGGUGAAAGACGCCUUGGACCAGCUUCGAGGUGCAGUGAUGAUUGUUUAUCCCAUGGGGUUGCCGCCAUACGAUCCUAUCCGGAUGGAAUUUGAAAAUAAAGAAGAUCUGUCGGGGAGUCAGGCAGCACUCAGUGUCAUCACAGAAUCAGAGGCACAAUUGUGGUGGGCAGCGAAGGAGCUAAGACGAUCAAAGAAGCUUUCGGACUACGUGGGGAAGAAUGAAAAAACCAAAAUUAUCGUCAAGAUUCAGCGGAGGGGGCAAGGAGCUCCAGCGCGAGAACCCAUCAUUAGCAGUGAGGAGCAGAAGCAGCUGAUGCUCUUCUAUCACAGAAGACAAGAGGAGCUCAAGAAACUGGAAGAAAAUGAUGACGAUUCCUGUUUAAAUUCUCCGUGGGCAGAUAACACUGCUUUGAAAAGACAUUUUCAUGGAGUAAAAGACAUAAAGUGGAGACCAAGAUGAAGUUCACCAGUUGAUGAAGCUUUCUAAAAUAUUAGCUCACCUUUCUUUUGGCAAAAUGAUAAUAAUAAUAACUAAAAAGGACACCCACAGCUCUCUUUGAAAGUUGUUGAAAUUUCUGGUUUUCCUAGUUGUUUUUUCAGUUUGAAUGUUUAAAAUAAAAGUUAUUCAAGGUUUUAGAACUUAAUAAAUACAUCCUCAAAAGAAUCCGCCUAAACUGUUUUUAUUUCAGGACGACUAUCUACUAAUCUGAGGUUUUUCUUUGGCAAACUACUGAAGAUAUAGUUACAAACAUUUUUUGCUUCCUGAUUGCUGUAUUGCAGGAGGUUGAAAGUACCUUUUGUCCCAGGGAUCUGCUGUGAAACUUGGCUGUCAGUGGCCACUAGAGGCCGCCCGUCACUUCCUUACCCGCAUUCUUCCUGGGCCCUCCCUGUGGAACUGUCAGAGGCCCAAUUCUCAAUCUUGUUUCAGAGACUGGCAGGGGGUCUAACUGUAGCCUCGUGUCUCCCAGCUUCAGAGGUGAAGUUCACCCCCUGGUUGAGACCUGGCUGGUCUUGUCUUCCAGGUGUAAAGGCUGUACCUGUGAUGGAAGUUGGGUGGCCAAACUAGACUAACCUUGAAACUGGACAAAUUCUUGUGUAGUUUCUGGGCUUUUCCUGAAAACAAAUGCAGAUCCUGGUAACCGAUGGUUCUCCCUGUGGGCUCACAAGAGCCUGCAGCUCUUGUCGUGCUGAGGUCGGUACCGAGGCUGACAGAUGCAAACGCUGUUGGCUCGGUGACAACCACGUUGGCUCACCUGUCAUCCUGACUGGUUUUCUAGGACAUCUUUGCUUUUAAAUUCUCCAACUCAUCAUCUCUGCAAAUGCUGACGUCUCAGCAGCUCGAGUACAUCUCUCAGAUUGUGCAGCCAGAAGUGGCCUAGACGUCUUGUCCAGCUGCAUUUGGUCUGUAGAAGACUCUUCCCCUAGUUGGAGGAAACGCAUCAUGCUCGCUCUGAGGAAGAGUGAAGUGACAAGGACGCUCCCUGCCCUGGUCUCCCCGUGCCCACUGCUCCUCGCCCGCCACGGUGCUGGAGCGCCCCGUACACGCACAGCCACAGGGAUGGAGCUGGGGCCGGGGCCGGGGCCGGGACCCUGGGUUCCCAGACCUGAUUCCAUUGUAGAGGGUGAGGACCGUCCAUGUCUCCCCCAGCCCUUCACACAUCGGCGAGACCCACUCAGAGUGCCCUCACCUCGAGGGGAGGCUUGGCUCCUGUCAGAGACGAGUGCCCCCGGAGAGCACCCUACACAGGUUCUUCUCCCAGAACCCUCUGCAGCCUGUCCUCAUCUCCCCACAAUCUCCAGGUUACUUAGGGCCCCUGCACUGACUAACAUUUCUGCUGUCCUCAAAACAGCAUUUUUCUAACGUGGCUUGUAACCGACUAUACGCCUUGAUUGUACCUUACUCUGCUGAUGGUCAAAUUUUGUAAAAUCAAGUUUGCAUCUGUUUGCUUUUUGACUUUCAUUAUUAUUUUAUUUUUAGCAAAGUAGAGUUGACAUGAUAUUAUAUUAGUUUCAGGUGUAAUUUUAUUUUUUUCAUUAUAAUUGUAAACGUCUCUGUGGAAAGCCUCUGUCCUUGGAUGAUAUAAAGUUCGCAAUAA